AUGUGUCACCCGUUGGAUAUAGACGUUGAUCCUCAAACCAAAUACGUUCAAAUAACUGUGAACAAAUUACCGGUCAACGAUGUUCCUGAUUCCUUAUGGGAUACCUUGUCAAUAGUGGAGCGAUCCGAGAGUGACAACAUCAAUCGAUCGGGUUAUGCAGACAAUGAAUUGGCUAUAGAAGAAACAAAUAGCAAUGGUCCAAUUUCAUUAGCAACCAGUGCUUUUAUUGAUACGAGUGCUGCAACAACGUCAUCUGGGGACAUUGCAAGACAUUUAAUCGGAAGAAUCAAUGUAGCUGAUGAAAUGACAGUUGCGAAUGAUGAUAUAUAUUUAGUACCGCAUGGUUUGUAUCCAACGUUGUUCCCGUAUGGUGUGGGAGGUGUCGAGAAUGAAAAGAGACUAAUACCUGUGUCAUGUUCAAAACAUAUGAGAUAUUUCCUUUCCUAUGAUGAUCGUCGAUUCCAGAUGAAUCCAUCAUUCAUUUUCGUUAAUUUCAAUAUUCUACAACGAAGAGCCGCUUGUCCAAAAACACGAAUACUUGUAUCACGACCAUACUUUACUUCACAGGCCAUGGAAAUCAAUCAGAUUACGGCAGCUGAAGUAAAAACGGUUUUGAGCCAGAUUGGAUCAAACGCAUCAAGUUCUCAUACAAAUCCGGGUAUAUCAACAUUAUUGAAACAAGUCAAGACCGUUGCGGGAACUGUAAUGGGAUCGAAUCAGGCUCGUGCAAAAUGCUGUGUGGAACUGCACGCUCAAAUCUUUUCUUCAGGUCUUUCAUCUAUUUUCAUUACCAUCAAUCCGUGUGAUUUUACACCAUCCAUUAGCAAUGAAAUUUCGGGUGUAGACCUCGAUAUUGAUCAUUUGAUAUUUGACAUAAUGCCUGGUUCGCAAGAACGAGCGGCCAUUGCUGCCAGUCAUCCAGUGGGUAUUGCACGGUUUUUCCACAAACUGAUAGAACCGAUACUGAAUACACUCAUUGGUUACAACCAUCAACUGCAUCAAUCGCAUCCAGGUGGCGGAGUUCUGGGUGAGAUUGAGGCAUAUUACGGGACAGUGGAGGAAUCUGGCCGAGGCGCGCUACACCUUCAUAUGUUACUUUGGUUGGUCGGCAAUGUAAACCCUAGCGGUUUGCGUGAAUCAAUAAAACAUGAGGUAUGUUGAGAUGAGUGAAGUUUUACGUUUAUUAUCACAGGUAAGGAAUAUAAUGACUAUUAGAAGCAAGUAUGUUUUGAGUAUGAAAUCGAUUGUUAUCUAUUUAGGCUUUCAGAGAUAAUCUGAUCAAGUAUUUGGAGGAUAUAAUCAAGGAGGAUUUAUCUUGCUUUCAAACGGAACAAGUUCGAUCAGAUGUUUCCGAAGUUGAAAAACAAAAUCGAAAACGCUUCUUGUAAAACUUCUAUAUGUGCACCAAUGCCGACACCAAAAGAUCUUGAUUUUGAGGAGAAAAAACGAAUCGCAAUAUGCAUGUUAGUGGCGGAAUGUCAUAUACAUUGUCACACGAGUACUUGUUACAAAUAUGCCAAUGAAUCAUCGGGAAAUGUUCCUCGAUGUCGAAUGAGAUAUCCGAAGGAAUUGCAUGAUGCCACGACGAUCGAUAUUGAGACAGGAGAAAUUCGUAUGCAACGAGCACAUCCCAUGUUGAAUAACUUCAACGAGUGGCUCUUGAUGGCAUGCAGGUGACUAUCUGACAUAAAAUCAAAUGUAAUUCAAUACUACUUUCAAUGCUUUCAUUAUAUAAAUGCAACAUGGAUAUUAAAUUCAUUUGGUCCGGUGGCGAUACGAAAGCACUUUUGUACUAUAUUACUGACUAUAUCACUAAAAGAAAUUUGUCGUUUCAUGAUACCCAUGUGUUGAUUCAUCGCGCGAUCGAUUCGUUUACAAAAUCGGCACACAAUCAGGAAUAUAUCGACGCUCAACAGGGUUGAUCCGUCACGACGCCUCAUACUGCGCUGUUUCAAUACAUUGGCAUUUCAACAAGAGAUUUCAUCGGUGCAAGUCGCUUCUUAUUUGAUGGGUUGGCCCGAUCAUUAUUGUUCGCAUACAUUUGUCAACGUAUACUUGAUCGGAAUCGAACGAUAUCUAGAAAAAUCAUUGAAUGAAGUAACUGUUGUCGGUAAAAAAAAAGAAUGGACUCGAAUGUUUUUUGAAUAACGUUUGACAGAAAAGUGAUAAAUGCUUACGGUCUUCACUAAUCGAAAGUUAGGACCUAAAUGCAGCUUUUCACAAUGAAAGUCAUUUUCAAGAUCUUUCCCUGAAG